ACGGUAGCAGCACUUCAAGCUGCAAAUGUGUACAUAGCAAUGAAUGCAAGCUUAAAUGUUAGGAAACCUGGUCUUUACUGCCCUAAUCACCCACUUCAGUAACUCUAUCUUAGAAAAUAAUGUAAACAGAAAAGUGCCUGGGAAAUUCCCUCUUAUCCAGGCUUCUGCUUUUUCCUGGUACUAGAAGGAAUGGUAAGAGGGAAAGGACCUAGCCCUGCUUUGCUUAAAUAUAGAGAAGGGAAGAGUUAUCUUGCUUUUAUCAAUUUUAGGGGUUCUUAUAAUAUACCACACGUGACCCUUGAAUCCUUUGCCAAGUCCUCUUAUUUCCUGGUGUACGAACAAUGGAGUGACCCAGGGUGUGUAGCUCACCCUACGAACUUUUAUUGCCCCACUUUUAACGAUACACAAAGUUAACGGAGAUUUCGCUGGAAUGCAAGAGACUGAGAAGCACCUCUAUGGCCUCUUUCUGCAUGCGAGAGGCAGAAAGGUAUAGGUUUGAGUCUGGGAGGCGAGAUUAGGCUGCUUUAGGAAGCUUGGAGUGAAGUGUGUGCACGGUGCCAAAUGCAGAACAUAAAAGCAAGCGUAUAGAAAUGCUGCAAUGUAUGUCUUGCCUUCACAAUCGCUUUUGCAAAGCCAGCACUCUUCAGCUGCUACCUCCAUUGUGUCAGAGAAAGCUGCUCCGAGAUUAAAGGACAAAGCAGAUAACUCUCUCUUUUGUGUGUGUUUUAAACCAAGGCAACUCAUUCUGCUCCACCUAGCAUUAGAAGCAUCAGCAUAAAGAGAUUCACGACAAACUUGACCCGCGCAAAAGAGAGCCAACCGAAGAAAAAGCAAGCCUGUCGUUGCCAAGGUGUGCGUGUGCAGGGCUUGGAGGUGGAGACGUGUUCGAGGUGCUUAAGAAAACGCGUACCCCCCCUUUUUUUUCCAACGGGGUGUUUUUUAAAAAGUGACUUUUGCGGUUCGGGUCUCCUCCCGUGAACGCUUGAAAAGUAAUGCUAUGGCAGGGCCGCGGCGAAAGCUUCAUUUCCUGGUUGUCUGCACAGGGGGAUUCUAGCCAGCUUUCGUGAGGUUAACUUGCUGAUAUUUGUCCUUUCUUAGGCUCUCUCUCUCUCUCCCCACUGUACAAAGCUUAAUACUAAAAACUCAUUCAGGAUCUUUCAGCUUGUUAUCCCGCAAACCUCCCAUGUGCAUUGAUGCCAUUGUGUAAACAAGCAGAAAUAGAAGAUGCAGGGCUCUUAAAAUGCAAAGCCUGGAGAACCUGCAUUCCUCAAGUUCCGGUUAGAAUUGUAUGUUGUGGACAAUCAGCGCACUAUUCCCAAGUUAAUUUUGUCCCUGCACACUGUACCCACUGUCAUUUGGAAGAGGCAUGCUUGUUUUAUGUUAUGUGAACGCAAUGUGUUUUCUUGUGGUUAAUGAGCUACAACUGUCAAAGAUGGGUGUCCCACCAGUGACUCAUAAGCGAAAAAGCUGCAUAUGUUCUGGGAGAAGGAAAUGUUAACACUGCUAAAUAGGCUACUUUUGGAGUUUGGGUCUCAGGCUGGUGCUAAGGAGCCCUAUUGAUGGUUUAACCAACUUUAAAAUAUAAUUUCGAUAGAGCAGGGGUGGCCAACUUCCAAGAGACUGCGAUCUACUCAGAGUUAAAAACUGGCAAUGAUCUACCCCCUUUUGGGGGGGUUCAGGUCAGGUCCUCUUUAGGGAGGAGGAAAGCGAUGCUGAGCUUUUUUUUAGGAAGGAAAACCCUGCUUUUGGUGGUUCAGGUCAAAAUUGUUGAGCUUUUUUUAGGGAGGAAAGCCCCAUUUUUUAGGGGUGCAGGGCUUCUUGGGGGGGAGCCGAUGAUCUACCGGUGAUCUACCACAGACAUCCAGUGAUCCACUGGUAGAUCACGAUCUACCUGUUGGACAUGCCUGCAAUAGAGCAUUUAAUACAUUACUGCAAUAUUAUUUGCCCUUGCAAGGCUCUUGCUCUCUUUUUGCUGAUGGAAGAGCUAAGAGGUGGUUCCACUUCAGUCAUUUGCUGAGUGCUAGGAUUUGAAUCCAGAGUGCAGAGUCCAAAUUUCUUUCCAAUAAAUUCUUUUUCUUUGGUCAUAGUUCCAAGAUAAGCUGCAAGCUCAUACCUUAAACGAGAACGUCACAGUGCCUUAAGGACAACAAGGUGUUCCUUUUUUUAAAGUUGUGGAUUAAGUAAGAAGGAAGGAUUGGAAACAUCAGGAAGCAGAUAUGCCAGACACUUAAGGCUGCAUUGCUAAAGUUAGCUGACUUGCUGUGACCACUUCUGGCUGAAUUGCCAAAUACACCAAAAACAUCAUGUUCUAGAAGACUGAAUGACAAGAUUCUAGCUUCUUCUGACCCUUGAAUUCAUCCUGGAAAAUGGUGUUCCAGAAGUCACCAGAUGGUGGAUGGGGCUGGAUGAUUGUACUAGUGUCCUUCUUUACCCAGUUCCUGUGCUAUGGCUCUCCAUUAGCUGUUGGAGUUCUAUAUCUAGAAUGGCUGGAUAUUUUUGGAGAAGGAAAAGGAAAGACUGCAUGGGUUGGCUCCCUUGCAAGUGGAGUUGGACUACUUGCAAGUCCUAUUUGCAGUACAUGUGUAUCUGCUUUUGGAGCAAGACCUGUAACAAUCUUCAGUGGAUUUAUGGUUGCUGGAGGUUUGAUGAUGAGCAGUGUUGCACCCAAUAUCUACUUCCUGUUUUUUUCCUAUGGAAUUGUUGUUGGACUUGGGUGUGGCUUAUUGUACACAGCAACAGUAACCAUCACAUGUCAGUAUUUUGAAAAACGCAGAGGCCUUGCACUUGGUCUAAUUUCAACAGGAUCAAGCGUUGGGGUUUUCGUAUAUGCAGCAUUACAGAGGGAGCUAAUUGAACUUUAUGGAUUAGAUGGGUGUCUGCUUAUUGUUGGUGCAUUGUCUCUAAAUAUAUUAGCGUGUGGGAGUCUGAUGAGACCUUUGCAGUCGUGUGGCUCUGCCUUACCAGAGAAGCCAAUCCUCGAGAAGGUUCCAGAUCAAUACCUCAUUUAUAAUGAAAGAGAAAAGAACGCUUAUGAAGAAAAUGUACUUGAAAAAGCCACCAGUGAAGGAAAAGGUAUGAACCAAACAUCCUGUGGUGACUGCAAGCAGGAGCCAGCAAUAACUAAGAACAAUCUAUUAACGAUAACACCACACGAGAGAGAGACUUACAGACGGAAAGUUGUAGAACGGACCUAUUUCUGUAAACAGCUUGCCAAGAAGAAAUGGCAGUUAUAUUUAGACUACUGGGGGGAAACGCUGGGACUUUUUAAAAACAAAGUAUUUUCAUCACUUUUUAUUGCCAUCUUCUUCUUUGACAUUGGCGGCUUUCCUCCUUCGUUGCUCAUGGAAGACAUUGCAAGAAGUUCCAAUAUUGGUGAAGAUGACUGUGUCAUUCCUCUCAUUUCUGUCAUAGGCAUCAUGACUGCCAUUGGGAAACUUGUUCUAGGAAUACUGGCAGAUUUUGAAUGGAUUAAUACCUUAUAUCUAUAUGUCCUGACUUUGAUACUGACUUCGGUGGCACUAGUUUUGAUUCCGUUUGCCCAAAAUUACAUCACACUGGCAAUACUUUCAGGGGUUUUAGGUUUUCUGACAGGCAAUUGGUCCAUUUUCCCAUAUGUUACAACAAAGACUGUAGGAAUCGAAAAAUUAACACAUGCAUAUGGCAUACUGAUGUUCUUUGCUGGACUUGGAAACAGUCUUGGACCACCAAUUGUAGGUUGGUUUUAUGACUGGACAAAGUCUUACGACAUGGCAUUCUACUUCAGCGGACUUUGUGUUCUGUUUGGAGGGCUGCUUCUGUUGGUGGCAGCACUGCCAUGUUGGGACACCAUGAACGGUAGCAAUCAAGCUGAAAAGCCACUUCCAAAUAUUUACUCCUACAAAGUUGCUUCCAGUGUGUAGGUGACAAGUGCGGAACAGUUGCUCCUCUUUUUAUACUGCACAGCAAGAUAUUUUUAGUAAUUUCCUCACUUAUUUAUAGGCUAAAAAAUCCCCCACAAAACAUUUUUAUACUACUUCGAAAUGCUUUUAGCCAGAGCCUUUUGCCUGGAUGGCGCACCCAUUGCUGGCUGUGGCAGAUGCAGCUCUGUUUUGCCUUGCUGUUGCCAGCGGUGCUGGAAACCGUAGGAGGAGAGGGGGCUGUUGUGCUCAGAUCCUGCUUGCGGGGUUCCUGAUUGGCCACUGUGAGAACAGGAUGCUUGAUUAGAUGGGCUACUGGCCUGAUCCAGUAGGUUCUUAAUUCUUCACAAUCGGAAAGCCCUGCUUGUGCCUAUACAGCUGCAUUACAGCCUAAGGGCUUUAAUGUGUGUCCUUGAGCUCUACUGCACACGUGGAGCUCCUGUUGCAAGGGCUUGUUCACACAUAGAUCCUUUGUGUAUACAUGAAAGUGCACAUAGGUUCUGAUACGCAGCCAGCAAUGUUCUGUGACUUCCUUUUUCUGACACAGUAUAUACAGUACUACAGCUUCACAAGUUAAAUAUUUUUCCAAUGGAACAAAAUGUAUUUUAAACCGACCUCUUGCUUUUUUUUGUCUUUGACAAAAGACGGCACAUUGCUUCUCUCUUCAGAAAUCUCAAUAACUAUGUAGUGAAAGACCUUUAAGACAAUCGGACCAUUAUCACCAUGAAUGUAAUACGAAUUUGAAGUGCUUGCUUCUUUGGUAAGGUAAAUGCUUUCUGUUAUACAA